GAGAUUGGUGCUCAUACUGUGGCUGCAAGCCUGCACCUACCAUACUUAAUAUUCAGUAAAAUUGUAACUACCAUUAUCUUCCUUCCGUAGAUAGACUUCUGGUGGGUUGCUACUUGAAGGCCAAGGGAGACAUUGCCCUGUGAAGCUUAAAGAUUAAGGAGCCAUGAAACAGCGGAAAAGAGAUGGUGGCAAAGUAGUACAGCCAAAAGAUGAUAAAAAAGAAAAACGAAAGAGAAGCCUAUGGGAACAAUGGGAUGCAUUUUACAGGUUUUGUCGUAUGUACACUGUCACUGGCAUGGUUAUUGGUGUAAGUUCGGUUUCUGUACUGCCCUUGACUUCAGUUGGAGAUUUGUCACCUGCAUUUUUUGUGGGACUACUACAGGCAUUGAUUCCAUUUGUUUUUGUAAACCUGUACGUGGUGGGACUAGAUCAAUUGGUUGAUUUCGGAAUGGACAAACUAAAUAAGCCCGAUUCUCCGUUGGCUACUGGAGAAUAUUCCAUGAGGCAAGGGAAAGCAGUUGUCUCAGCCUUUGCUUUUACGUGCUUAGGCAUGGGGAUCAUGUUUCAGUCUCCACCACUGUUCAUUGGAGUUCUUGUAUAUUUUUUACUUGGAACUGCAUAUUCCAUCCAGCUACCUUUACUCAGAUGGAAAGAGAACCCCUUCCUUGAUGCAUUAUGUAUUGUCGGUGGACAUGGAUUCACGAUUCAGCCAGCUGUCUUCUAUCACAUCCAGCAUGUACUCGGGAAACCAUUAGCUUUCACGAAGUCAGUGGCCUUUGCGACUAUUUUCUUCAGCUUCUUUUCUGUUGGUAUUGCAUUAUUCAAGGACAUACCUGUUUUUGAAGGAGACCGCACAUCUGGCAACAGAACAUUCUGUGUCAGGCAUGGCAAAAAGAAAGUCUUUUCUCUGUGUGUAAGCAUCCUGCUAAUUGCCUAUGGGUUUGCUGUGGUGAUUGGAGCUUCAUCCUCGUUUCUAGUAUGCAAGAUUGUGUCUGUUAUAGGCCACAGUACACUCGCGUACAUUCUUUUUAUUCAAGCUAAAUCUCUUAACCUCAAUGAUGAUGUGGCAACAGAAUCCUUCUAUAUGUUUUUGUGGAAGCUAUUUUCUGCAGAGUAUGUGCUCAUUCAUUUUAUGCAUUGAAAAGAUGCAAAAACUCCAGAAAAAUAAAAAUGAAGGAUCUAGCUUCCUUCAAUAUGUUGAUGCCAACAGUCAAGGAUCUGGUGUUAAUACCUACGGAUGUGGUAUUGGUAACUAGGUGGCUAUUUUAUAAGAAUCCAGAUAACCAUCUGGUAUGAAGUAAUAAAUGAAUCCUAGCUUCUUGAGAACUUGUACAUUCUCUGUUAAAUUCCAUGGUUCAACUAUCUUGCCUUUCCUUUACCUGGAAAUUGUAACUUCUCAUUUCUAGCACAGCUCAAAAUACGGAAAUGAUGCAUACAUCACGUCAGUUAUUUGAGUUCAUGUUAUUAUAA